GGCGCCUCCGCAACUCCUCCUGCCCUGCCGGUGCCGCCAGCCGCCCACAGCAUGAUCUGGAAAACUCUCCCGCUGCUCUGCGCCCUGCUGGCCGUCGCCCGCCUGCGAGCCGAGGAAGAGCCGAGGAGCAAAUCCAAGAUCUGUGCCAAUGUUUUCUGCGGAGCUGGGCGGGAGUGUGCAGUGACUGAGAAGGGAGAGCCAACCUGCCUCUGUAUUGAGCAAUGCAAACCUCACAAGAGGCCUGUGUGCGGUAGCAAUGGCAAGACAUACCUGAACCACUGUGAGUUGCACCGUGAUGCCUGCCUCACUGGCUCCAAGAUCCAGGUGGAUUAUGAUGGCCACUGUAAAGAGAAGAAGUCUGAGAAUCCAGCUGCAAGUCCAGUCGUCUGCUACCAGUCAGACAGGGACGAGCUUCGUCGCCGCGUCAUCCAGUGGCUGGAAGCUGAGAUUAUUCCAGACGGCUGGUUUUCCAAGGGCAGCAACUACAGCGAAGUCCUGGAUAAGUAUUUCAAGAGCUUUGACGAUGGCGAUUCUCGCUUGGACUCUACUGAAUUCCUGAAGUUUGUGGAGCAGAAUGAGACUGCUGUCAACAUCACCACCUACAUGGACCAGGAGACCAACAAGCUGCUCAGGGGACUCUGCAUAGAUGCCCUCAUCGAGCUGUCAGAUGAAAAUGCUGACUGGAAGCUCAGCUUCAAUGAAUUUCUCAAGUGCCUCAGCCCAUCCUUCAAACCACCAGAGAAAAAGUGUGCCCUGGAAGAUGAAACCUAUGAGGACGGAGCAGAGACCCAGGUGGAGUGCAACCGCUGCGUCUGUGCCUGUGGGAACUGGGUGUGCACUGCAAUGACAUGCGAGGGGAAGAAUGAGAAGGUGCCUGCUCACAGACAGCGACCUAAUCAAGACUUGACUGAGGAGGAGCUGGCUAGAUACGUUCAGGAACUGCAGAAGCAUCAGGAGACGGCCGAGAAGACCAAGAGAAUGAGCACCAAGGAGAUGUAAGGGGCCUCCACACCGGAGGAGGCCAGGAGGAUGGGCCCAACCUGCCGCCCUGUCCUCCAGUGCUGAUCUCAGUAUGCACAAGUGUCUGCUACAGUUGCCCAGUCACAGAUAUUUACAUUGUAUAGCGAUGGGUUAUUUGUUUUGUAAUACACAGAGAAUGGGGCCAGGAAAGGGGAGCAGAGCCCACCUGUUCAGGGAGCUUCAUUGCUGGGGCCUUGGAAGGCUGGGAGGGACUUACAGCAGCCUCUGGGACCCUUUCCCAGAGCAGACAGCUGCUCCCUCCAAGAGCUAACAGGGAUUUCUUGUUCCCCUGGAUUUGGGGAAAGGACGGAGGUCAGUGCUGGAUCGAAAAGGGGGUCUUCAAUCGACACAAUUGUCAGCACCAGCCUUGGCUGCAGAAAUACAGGCCCGGCAGUUUUGUGGCUGAGCACAUGUGCUGCAGGGCAUCAUUAGCCAAGGACCUUGCCCUGCUUACCCUCCCCUUUGGUUUGAGCUCCUCAAAGCUGGUCAGCCUGGUGUGACACCUGGAAGUCGUGGUGCCAUGCUGCUGGCAUGAGUCCAGCACGUUCCUCCUUGCUUUCCACCAGACUGUCCCCAGCAGCUCCUCCAGUACAUUGUGGGCUCCAACACAACAUGGUUCCUUUUGACCUCAUCUCACUCUUACUCUCCUUGCCCCCUCCUUAGAGGUGCUAUCAUAUUUUUUUCCUAUCACAUUCACAUGCUGACUCCCCCUUUUGUUUUGGUUUUUUUAUUACUUUAUUUCCUAUGGUAGUAAUUCAGCUUUUGUAUGUUUCGUAGCUCUAGAUCUUUCAAGAAAACCCAGCCUGUGGGUUUUUGUUAUUGACAGUGCUGUAAUGCCCAUGCACAGUUUGUAUCGCACUGCACUCAGCCACCGCAAACACCACAAGCAACUUGUGAGCCCUGCACUACAGGGUAUUUCUCAACUGGGGAUAGCAAUGUCCCUCAUGGGAAGAAGAGACAGGGCUGGAUGUAAUUAGUUUGACCAGGCACAGAUUGGCACUGCAGCUCUCUAGCUCUUGCUCCCUUAGCUAGCAUUGACCAUGUGCUCAAAGUCCAUGCUCAUGCCUUUCUGAGUUGCCCAGGGGGAAGUGCCAAGUAGUCUAGAGACAGAGGGACCAGGCAAUCCCAUUAGUAGGGUAUCUUAAAAGGCUUAACUACAUAGAAAACUGUUUAGUUGGAGUCUGGGCUGUUAGCCAUGAUCUUGGGCUUUCCAUCUCCCUCUGGGGUGAGGCAGCAGCAUUAUUCUUUGAUUCCAGGUCUGAGUUUAGAGUCAGGGCUGGAAGCCUCAUUACUGACGCAUUUCACAAUGUCUUUGAUCAGAUAGACCAUCUUUGACCACCCUCACACCCCUUCAUGGGUCAUUUUCGUCUUUGACCCGUUUCUCAGAGCAUUGGUCCUAGAUAUAAAUGAAAUGUUGUUUUGUUGACAAUCACCUCUGUAGCCUCAAGCCCAGCUGAUUUUCCUCCUGCAGUUGUCAAAUGUACUUCAUAUACUCACACAUCUGAAGAUCCAGUUUCCAUGUUCCCUUCCUGCCCCUGCUGCGCAUCCCAAGCAGUUGCACGUACCCUGAGAUGACUGCUUGUGACUUCCAUCUUCCUCUUUGUGAGCAACGUCAGCAGUUGUUGCCAGGUGUCUUGCAGUCCCUAGUGCUUACUCAAGCGAAACUCCACAUGCAUCUGCAAAAGAAUGUUCUGCUUGAGUGAAGAUCAGCAGGACUUUUGUCCCGACCUUCCCCCUUUUGCGCAGUGCUUUCCUUGGAGAGGAAGAAUGAGCUGAUACCUAGCAAGUGUAGGAAAAGAAGAAAGCUUGGUCCCUCCUGUGGUCGCACCCAUGAGCCAGAUUUGUUAAAGGCUGUCUGGUCUUUGAGCUGUUUUCCUGAUGUGAACCCAGAGGACUUCCAUUGACUUUGGCACAGUGCCACAUUUCCAGUGAGAAUCAUACUCUACCUUGCCAUGCUUGGAGGUUUUGGCAUAAUACAUACAGAAGGAGGCUGGUUCUUCUCCCAUAAGGGUCUGGAUUUGAGAAGCUGUCACCUGUGAAGGUGAGGGGAAUGAGUCCAUAGGAGCUGAGGGUAAUGUGGACAGUGCUACACUGGGACGGAGUCAUUGUUUGUGUUCUGGUGGCACUGGAUGAAGUGGUUGGUGGAAUUAGGAGCACCCAUUAGACAUACCCUUGGCUCCUGCCCAACAGUAUGAGCGAAACAGCUUCAUGUGCUGGAUCUGGAGUCACAGGAACAUUGUUAAUAAAUGUUCUGCUUUAUUCUGACCCUGCUCUGAAAGGUAGUUCGUGCCUCCCAGCUCAAUUCCUUCCAGCUUGGAUCAUUAAAGUGCCUUAGAGAAAACACAACAGCUUGCCUUAAAGGCUUUCCCUGGAUGGAGAUAACAUCUUAUUGUCCAGUUAGGAAAAUCUCCAACUGGGAGAAGCAGAGCAUGUGCAGGAAGGGGAGGCUAAUCCAUGGCUGAAGGGCUUCUGUAGGCUGCAUUAUGCGAUGUGUUCUCUGGUCCCCUUCCUGUCUCCUGCGGAGCUGCGGUCCAUGAGGGUGGCUGCUGGGGACAGCUGGAGAGGUCGGUGCUGGCAGUUGAGGUUUACAGAGCUUGCGCUUGCACUGAAGGCAGAGGGAUGGGCUGCUAUCUCAGGCAAGGCAAGCUGAGCUCUCUGACAAGCCAUACAGCGUAUCCUAGGAUAGCCUGGGGCAGCAGGGUAGGAGUCCAGUGAACAUGCCUCCACAGAAAGGGCUGCCGCAGGUGGAGCCUUUUCCUCCUUGGGCCCUCAAAGGAAACACAACUGUGGAGAGCGAUGCUGGUUCUAAGGGCUACGGUACCUAAAGGGGACCGAAACAUCUCGCCUCCCCACACCGAGGGGAAGGGCAACCAUUCGGUGAGCGAUGCCCAGACUGUACCCCGCAGCAGGCUGGCUGGUCGCUAACUUCUGCAGGGUGACUUGGCUGCUGGGGAAGGAAGUGCUGAAUUCCAGCCAUUGCCCUCUGGGGCAAUUGCUGUACAGACUGCAAGGGGCAGGGAAGGCAUUUUUUUUUUCCAAAAAGCCAAAUUUAAGCAACAAACAAAAAAGUCCCACUCCUCCCUCUAUAUUCCCUCCUGUACGUGUGUGAAAUUUAUCAGUAUUCUGUAGGUUUCCUUAGUGCACUUAUUUUACUUGAUUUUUGUAAUUUUUUUGAAGCAGGGGGGUUUGGAUAUUACUGCCAAAUAAAUGAAACAAAAUUUUAAAAAAUAA